UUUCAACAAUUCUAUUCUUAUUCCCUCUCUUUCUCUCUUCCUCUGUCCUCCCCUAUCCCCCCUCCCCCUCCCCCUCCCCUCUCCUUCCGCCAUUGUCUCGCUCCUCCCCCCUCGCUUGCGGCCAAGGUUCAGCCAACCCCAGGUUGCCGCUCAAGCUCGCCAGACGCCGCCGCCUUGUAUGACGGUGCGCCUUAUUCGCGCAAGCUUGCAGCUAGAAGGAUUAGAUGACUGCUCCGACGACGCUCAAGCUUCCAACUUUUCCCACCCCGGCUGCCUGCAUUCCGCCCGGUUCAUUAGCUUGACCCGCGUCCACCACAGCCCGAUUCACGCUACCUCGAAUUUCGCUACGUCUAUUCUCCAGCACCACGACCCCGAUUCCUGCCAGAUCAAAGCCUCAGCGAUUCUCCGCGACCCUCAUUGCGUGCUCGGCCAUCGUCCCACCACCAUCUACCGCCUCGCACCGCACCGCACCGCACCGUCGCCGUCACCGUCACCGCCGAACGUAGCCGUACCCGAGUAUCUCGACAUCAAGCGAAAUUGCGCGCCCAACACCAACACCCCCGACUGCGUCCAUGUGUCAGAGCCUCAAGUCAUGGCAUGGUUGUCGUCAGUCUCCAGUUAACCACCUUGCACUUCUCGCCAAACCCCCGUGGUGGUGAACGCCCCUCCGUCCUCCCCCUUU